AUGGCAAUCUCAUAUUUGUCUUCUCUUUCUUAUCUCAUCGAUCAUCACAGUUUACCCGCUGGUAAGAAAGGAACGAACAGACGGAGCCGCUACGUAAUAGCGCCGCUUAUUUUUCUUCGCGAAAGAGCACAUUAAUCUGCUAUCAAGGCCCCUUAAAUCUGGUUCUUGAGAUUCGAUUGUUGCAUUUGAUUUCGUUAGGGUUGGAGGAGGAGGAGGAGGUCAUUUUAGGGUUUGUGGUUUUUGCUCGGAUUCCAAUACGGGGAAAAUUGGUGUGGGUUGAGAGGAUAAUGUGUAUACUGUGUGUGAUUCAAAAAUGGUCUCGCCGGGUUGCUACAAUGCUGCCUUGGUUGGUUAUACCUCUUAUAGGACUGUGGGCUCUCUCCAAGUUUCUGCCACCUGCUUUUCGUUUUGAGAUUACUUCUCCUAGGUUGGCUUGUGUUUUUGUGCUUUUGGUUACUCUCUUCUGGUAUGAGAUUUUGAUGCCCCAGCUAUCAGCUUGGCGGGUUCAGAGGAAUGCACGGCUCAGGGAGAGGAAGAGGUUCGAAGCUAUUGAGUUGCAGAAGCUUAGGAAGACAGCCACACGGCGUUGCCGAAAUUGCUCGACUCCUUAUAAGGAUCAGAACCCAGGUGGUGGCCGGUUUAUGUGUUCUUAUUGUGGGCAUGUUUCAAAGAGACCUGUUUUGGAUGUGUCUCUACCACCUAGUCUGGGAACUGCAGAUACAGGUAUCAUUAAGGAUCUGGUCGGAAAAGGUGGUAAAAUACUUAAUGGAAAAGCAUGGAAUGAUAAUGGGUGGAUGUGCAAUCAGGAUUUGCUAGAUAAUGGGAAUUGGAUUGGAGGGUCUGUUGCAGGGAAAUCAAGUUAUUGGAGGAAGAAUGGGAGUGUGAUUUUCGGAGGUGAUGAGCUUUGCCUGGCUGAGAAAUCUUAUUCAGGUGUUUUACCUUUUGUGUGUAAUCUGCUUACAUCGUUUCUAAUGAGCAUUAGAUGGCUUUGGAGAAAGAUUUUGAGGGUUAGUUCGUCCAGGGAGGAUGCUUUCGCUGAUGCAGAUCACAGGGGCUUGUUGGCUAAGCAGAGCGAGAAUGGGGGAAAUGGUCACGAGAGUAGAGGAGAGAAAGCACGCAGAAAAGCUGAAGAGAAGAAACAAGCAAGGUUAGAGAGGGAGCUUCUGGAGGAGGAAGAGAGAAAGCAGAGGGAGGAGGUUGCAAGAUUGGUGGAGGAACGGAGGAGACUGAGGGAUGAGAAGAUGGAGGCUGAAAAAGAUCGCAACAAAACAUCAACCCCAGCCCGGGAGAAAGUAAGUAAAAGGGAAGCUGAGAAGAAGCGCCAGGAAAGAAGGAAAGAGAAAGAUAAGGGAUCUAGUAAGAGCAACUCUGAUGCCGAAGAGCUGGAAAAGAAAGCUUGUAAGGAGGCUGUGUGGAAUCAGGACUGUGAAAAAAAGAAUGAUAUUGAUCGCAGGGAACAGAAAUCUGGGACAAGGAGUACAUCUACAAACAGUUUUAAUCGUGGGGAUACUGGAACUAGAUAUCUUGAUCACAUGAGGGGUACACUUUUGUCUUCAUCUAGAGCUUUUAGUGGAGGUAGUUUCUUUGGAAGGGGGGGUUCUGGCACUUCUAAUAUUACUACAAAAGAAAACAAGUUCAGUAGUUCUGCUGAUCAUGUUAAUGAUACUGUUCAUAGGAGGGAUUUUUAUCCUCCUGACCGCAUAGCUGGAAAGGCAAGUAUCAACGGAGAUGAUAAGAGCAUCAGCCGCCCUCAGGUGCUCUCUGAACCCCAGCCAAGAACAGCACCUAAAAAAUCGUGGCAGCAAUUGUUCAACCGUUCAUCGUCUCAACCACCAUCCUCAAAUGUAAAUGUCAUCAGUAGGCCUCACUCAAAAUCCCAAUCUGAAGUACAAAGCCCGCAGUUACAGGGUCAGUCAUCAAUGCAGUCCUUUGAUAACCCAAUCAGUUUUGGGCUGCCAUCACCAUUCAGUCCGCCUGUGUAUGCAAGUGGAUCUAGCAGUGGUAGUUUAGGCUUUUCAUCUACAAUCGAACCUGUCUUUCCUCACAUCGGAGAAGGGCCUCAUGAUCUUAUACCUGAAGAGGUUUUUGAAGAUCCAUGUUAUAUUCCUGAUCCCAUGUCCUUGCUUGGACCCGUUUCGGAGUCACUUGACAACUUUCAUCUGGACUUGGGGACUGGGUUUGGACCAGACCUGGGAUUGGAAAGACCCCAUGUUAUGAAGAAUAUAUCUCCUUUGCCUGAAGUCCACAAGCCAUCUCCAAUUGAGUCUCCAUUGUCACGAUCACGGAUGGCGGAUGAAAAGCUUAAUAAUUACAACCGGUCAUCAGGCACCCCUACAGUUCAACACUUGCAUGCAUUGCCUGGAAAUGAUGCAAAUGUCAACACAAGUGAGAAAGGGACAUGGCAGAUGUGGAACAGUUCUCCUCUUGGUCAGGAUGGUCUGGGUUUGGUAGGUGGUCCAGCAAGCUUUUUUUUGCCCUCAGAGCUGAGCAGAUCAAAUAUGGAAGAAUUUCUGCAUCCUCCAACUCAGAAAUCUAUGACAUCACUAUUCACAAAAGAUGAUCCAGUUCUCUCUGGCACUCAUUCUCCUAAUGUAUUUAUGGGUAAUAGCCAAAAUUUUGGACCAUGUGGCCCUGUUACUAGUUCGGGUGAUCCUCACCCAUGGUUACCAAAUGCUUUCUUUCCUCCAUUAGCGGGCUGUGAGAACCAUUUUCCUCUCAAACCUCAGGAGGAAUGCAAUCAGAAUGAUAUGAAUUAUGGAAGUCCUCAUGGAUCCACAACCAGUUAUUCACGUGAGGGGUCCCCAGCAAAUUCUUGGGCCAAAAAGGAGCAGGCUAUUCCAUUUUCAGCAGAGGGUUUAGGGAAAUCAUCUCUCACAAAGCCUCAUAUAGGGAAUUUAUUUCCGAACUCAGAUGGACAGUCGCUUUGGUCAAUUUAAUUAAGAAAGAGAAGUGACAGUAUGAGGGACUUUAAAAAAUGCAUCUCCUGAUAUGAAGAGGCAAACAGCCCCUUUUUGAUAGUUUAGAAUACCGGACAGAUUGUAUCUUCCUCUUCUUUAUAAGGAAGAUUGAUGUUUACUUAACAUUAGCAUGGAUAGGAGGAAUAUACAGUGGCAUGCAUUCACUUGUAUGUCAGGUAACAGGUAGGUCUCUUUCAAUUCUCUUGAAUUUGUAGCUUUGUUUCUGCUGGGGGAAGAGGGUAUCCUUUUUUGGGAAUAUAUGUAUAUAUUCUUUAUAGAGAAUGGUUUAGACCCUUUAUUUCAAUUGAAUGGUUGUCUGACAAGAUGAGAGUAGUAGACGGGGCUUUCAUCCAU